AUGGGCGCGCGGGGCGCGCGGCUGCUGCUGUGGCUGCUGCUGAGCCGCGUCGGGCUCGGGGGCGCGGGUUCCGAGGAGCUGGCGGUGCUCUCAGCGCCGUGCGGCCACCGGGAUAUCGAGUCGCGCGUGGUGGGCGGCAGACGCUCCCUGCGCGGGCGCUGGCCAUGGCAGGGCAGCCUGCGUCUGCGGAAAGCCCACGUGUGCGGGGCCAGCCUGCUGAGCCGCCGCUGGGUGCUCACGGCCGCGCACUGCUUCGAAUCGUCCAUCAAUCCCAGAGAGUGGACCGUCCAGUUCGGGGAGCUGACUGUCAGGCCACAUGUCUGGAAUCUGCGGGCCUUUCACAACCGUUACCAUGUAAAGAAAGUCAUACUGAACCCCCAUUUUAGGGGGUCUUUUUCCAAAGACAUUGCGCUGGUGAAGUUGGCUACUCCUGUCUCCUACAAGUAUCACAUCCAGCCCGUCUGCCUCCGAGCCUCCUCCUUCGAGUUCCAGAACAGGACGGACUGCUGGGUGACCGGCUGGGGGGAAACAAAAGAGAGUUUGACAGUACAGAAGUCUCCCUAUAGGCUUCAGGAAGUGCAGGUCUCCAUCAUAAACAUCUCUGCCUGUCAUAACCUGCAACAACAGCCCGAUUUCCUCUUUGACGUGGAGAAAGACAUUUUUUGUGCUGGCAGUGAAAAUGCAAGCAGUGAUUCCUGCAGGGGCGACUCGGGCGGCCCCUUGGUCUGCGACGCCGACGGGCUGUGGUUUCAGAUCGGAGUCAUGAGCUGGGGAGUGGACUGUGGGCAGCCCAACUGGUCCGGUGUCUACACCAACGUCAGUGAGCACUUCAAGUGGAUCAGGAGCCUGGUGAUUGGAAGCGGCUUGCCCCGUGUGGACCCCGGCCAGCUGCUUCUGGUCCCCAUUCUGCUCUGGGCGCCCUUCCUCCUGUGGCUGCUCUGAGCCCACAGGAGCCCGCCAGGGGUGGUGGGCACGGGGCACCCACGGUUGGGGCCACCUGCUGUGACAGGUUCGUCUCUUCUGUUAA